AUGAAGAAACCAAAGACGAAGAGGAGCGAAGAGACUGCGAUCAUCAAGCUCUACCAGGACGAACCCUUCGAUACCCUCAAGGCCCAGAUACUCAAGUGUAUAUCCGAGAGCCUGAAACCAAAGAAGCUCGAUUACGACGACUACAAGAUAAUGUUCACCAUUCUUCGUCAUCAAACAGCACCACUAUCCCUCAAAAAAACUGCCGAGUAUGAACAUCUUGUCGAGUGUGCUGUCAGAAUGAAGACCCCUGCCGUGAAGCUUUUGAUCGAAGCAUUGAAAGACCAGACAGCAGCCAGUGACACUGGUGACACCAGCCAAUCAAGUGGCUCCGACAGCGAUGGCCAGAAGCGAAAGAAAAAGAAAAAGAAGGUAGCUGAAUCGUGUCAACUUCCUCUCAACAUCGAGCUCUCUGCCCAGAUCAAACUUUUGCAAAAUCGCUAUACCUGCAACAAGCCUGGCUGUCUCACGUCUGGUUAUUGUUAUAUCCUACCAGAUAACAAUGCUCAUUUCACGCUAAGCCAUCGGCACUUGAGCGUGUGGGCCGCUGCUUUGGCUGCAAAACCACCUAUCACGACACUCGACAAGCCACCGAACCAUAAGGAAUUCGAUACAUUGUCCUCUAACCUCUUGUCGAACUCUGCACCCUUGAUCCAGCGACGCCUUGCGGAACGGAACACUGCUCAAUCUACUCCAGACCCAUCCACAUUGACUGUUCCGACAAUCAAUUUCAACCUUCCUAACGACAUUUUUUCAUUCUUACGGCCUGCAUCAGCACCCUUGCCAACCACUCCUGGUCGAACCAAUGCUCUCGUCAAUAGUGCUGAUAUGCCUGUUCUUCCUGUCUCUGCUUGGCCUGGCCCUGACUUGUCUCUUGCGAACUUUUGUGCUGUGUAUGACCUAUCUCCGGACAUCCAUGCCAAGCUCACGGAAAACAGAUAUACAGGAACACGGACUAUCAGAUACAUUGUCGUUUCGGAGCUGAAAGAAAUGGGAUUCAAGAAUGGCGAGAUUGCGGCAAUGAAGGAUGCAGUUGCACAGUGGGCUAAUGGAGAGAUGUGA